AUGGACGGCUCCGAUCCUCCGCCCAAGCGCCGCCGGCUGGAUCGCGGAUACCAGAACAGCCCUGGAGCGCGGCCGCCGAUCGGGUCUCCCACUGAGUCUUCCUCCGACGAGCUGGCGGCGGCCUCGGACUACGACGAGCACCGCCGGGCGAGCUGGACGAUGGCGAAGCGGACGUACACGCCCAAGCGGCCGGCACGGCGGGCGCCUCCGCAGCAGCCCAGCGGGUCAGAGAGCCCUGACGAGCUGGCAAUAGACGCAGAUGUCUACUGGCGGCGCAGCACACGCGAGCCCCCGCGAGUCCGCACCCGCCGCCGCUCCCCGAGCGUGCACCGACCCGACGGUGGUGACGACGACGACGACGACGACGACGAGGACGAAGGGCAUUAUGACUCCAGCGAGCCGUACCGGGGGCCUACAGGCGGCGACGGCGCCGCAGACGACAUGGAUGCGGCUCCGAUCGCUCGCACUCCGACGCCGCUGCCUCCCCCGCCUCAGCCGGAGUGGGUGAAUUACAAAGAGAAGUUCCUCCUCAAGGGCCAUCUGCGUGCGGUGUCUGCCGUGCAGUUCUCACCAGAUGGAUCAAUGAUUGCUAGCGGUGGUGCGGACGGUGCGGUCAAGGUCUGGGACACGACGACGGGCAAGCUUAUCCACACCUUUGAAGGGCAUCUGGCUGGUAUUUCGACAAUUGCCUGGAACCCAGACGGCGCAUUAAUUGCCUCGGGCUCAGAUGACAAGUCUAUUCGCCUGUGGAACGUGUUAUCUGGAAAAGCACAUCCCGUACCCUUCAUCGGCCACCACAACUAUGUCUACCAAAUCGCCUUUUCCCCCAAGGGUAAUAUACUGGCCAGUGGUUCCUACGACGAGGCGGUUUUUCUGUGGGACGUACGGUCUGCACGGGUGAUGCGGUCCCUCCCUGCCCAUUCCGACCCGGUCGCUGGUAUUGAUGUCGUGCGUGACGGCACCUUGGUUGUCUCAUGCGCAUGGGACGGACUUAUUCGAAUCUGGGAUACCGCAACAGGCCAAUGUCUGCGCACGCUGGUUCAUGAAGACAACCCGCCCGUGACAGCUGUCAAGUUUUCGCCCAACGGCAAGUUCGUGCUGGCCUGGACACUUGACGACUGUGUGCGUCUGUGGGAUUAUGUGGAGGGCCGCUGUCUCAAGACCUACCAAGGCCACAUCAAUCGCAAGUAUAGCAUUUCUGGCGGGUUUGGCUCAUACGGCGCGCCUGGCAUUACGCCUGCAGCGUUUGCCGUUAGCGGCAGCGAGGACGGGACUAUCAUUUGCUGGGAUGUCGUUAGCAAGAAAGUUUUCCAGCGCAUCGAGGGCCAUACGGAUGUCGUGCUCGGGGUGGACACCUGUACAUUCGAAAACAAGCGAUACAUGGUCAGCUGCGGAAUGGACCAGACUAUCAAAGUGUGGCAAGAAAAGGAAGGGGGGAAAGAUGGGGAAGAAGGGAUCGACCAGACAGGCGUCGAUGCGCCCCAACCCGAAGCUCAUGAUUCCCAAGAGACUUCCCCGGCGGACCAGACACCAAUGACUGGACAGACGUCGGCGGAGACUACUACUCCCACCGAGAACCCCCUUCCUGCAGAAACCACCGCUGCUACCGAUCCCAGCAGUCGACCGUCGGAAGCAGUCAAGUCAUCGUCCAACGGUGACACUAUUCCUCCCGGCGACGAGAUGGUUGAAUAA